GAAGGCAGCACACAGCAGCACGGCAGUGCAGGGCUUGCUACUGCUCUGUGAACCACGCGACGCCUGUGCAUCUCUUAUUUCGUUCAACGAGUUUCGUCUUGAUUCAGCUGCAAUGUCGGGUGGUAAAAAAGGAAAGAAGGUUAAAGCAAAAGCCAUCCCCCUCAAUGAGUUUUUGGGAGAUGCUGCACCUGCCACAAAAACUAGUUGGGCAGAUGCCACAGAAGACGACGAUGAUUAUUGUGGAUACGUGAGUCAUCAUCGUCCUACUGCUCCACUAGUUUUACCAACUGCUCCAAGAGCGGCUCGCGAUACCAGCGUAAAUGAAGAACUUGUACCAACACAUGGGCCAUUCUGUGCUUAUGUCACAAAUCUUCCUUAUGAUGUUGAAGAUGAAGAUCUGCGUGAAUUUUUCGCUGAAAUGGCAGUACAGGAAAUCCGCUUACCGAAAGAUUCAUCUCGAGGGAAGGGUUAUGGAUACGUAACAUUUGAAGAUAGAAAAAGUUUGAUCGAUGCCUUGAAUAUGGCUGAUACGAACUUGAAAACCCGCAGAGUGCGUAUUGAGCUAUCGAACAACACAACCGACGACCGCCGCCGCAUGGGCAGUCGCAUGGGUGAUCAACGUCGUGACUACAAUGACGACCCCGAACGCACAACUGGCGACUGGAGAAGCGCCAGGUCGAACGACAAUCAGGACGAUAGGGAAGAGCGUAGCGGAGGCUACAGAAGUCGCUUCGGUGGCGAUCGUGCUAGGGAUGAGGGACGUGACGGUGGCUUUGAUGAGUCGAGACCAAGUAACUGGCGUGAUGCACCACGCGAAAACUCGAGCGUUGACAGACCCAGGCCCGCUAUGCGGGAGAACAGAGGCGAGGGAAGGGAAUGGAGCAGAUUUGGUGACCGCGAUCGCGGAAUGGACCGUCGUGACAACCGCGACAGUCGUGACAAUCGUGAUUUCCGUGACGGCAGUCGCGAUCGCGAACGCGACGGCGGAUUUGGCUCUCGUCGCAACUAUAAUGACGACGACAAGGAACGUUGGAGCAACUUGAGAAACGCGCCUCGCGAGCAGCCGCCAAGCACCACUGACGGCCCGGAAGCGUCGGCCGCCGCCGCCCCAGAGCCAGCAAGAACGAGGCCGAAACUGGCCCUGCAGCCAAGAACAAAGCCGAUCGAGGCGUCAGAUCUUCCGGUCGCCUCUACUCCGAGCAGCAACGAGUCCCCAGCUAAACCAGAAGGUGCCAAUGAGGACAAUACUCAGCCGCGACCAGCGUCGCAACCAGUGCCAGCAGCCAACAUUUUCGGCGCUGCCAAGCCCGUGGACACCGCCGCGCGAGAACGCGAAAUCGAAGAGCGUCUCGCCAAGAGUGCCGAAGCCCGCGCCAAGGAGGUGGAAUCUGAAAAAUCAAAAGAAGGCGCUGGUACUGGGGCUGCUGCUGCUCCAAGAUCUGGCCCAAGAGAAGGAACAUGGGGUCGUCGCAAUGGGGAGGAAAAUAGUCGACCAACUUGGCGAUCAAACGAGAAUCGCCCUGAUGAUAGGUCAUCUGGUGGACGUCAAAUGUCCCGCUCGGGUGAUUAUGACAGACAGAGAAAUUACCGAGAUAAUCGGGAUCACCGAGACAGCCGAGACAGUAGAGACAGUCGAGAUAGCCGAGAACGCGAUGGAUCACGGGGUAGAAGCGGCGGAUAUGCUUCAAGAGGUCCUCGCAAUGAUUCAAGACCUCCUCCGCAGGACGGAGUUGAAAAAGAAAAGAAGAAGGAUCCUGAAGAUGAAAUAAGUCGCAUGCCAAAGGCGAAAGAAGACGCUGCUCCGAAUUUCAUAGCGUCCAACAAAUAUUCGAUGUUGCCCGAUGACAUUGAUCCCGAUGAGGAAUAAGCGCGCUUGCGAAAUGCCGCUGUUCCAUUACUUACGGCUAAUUUCGUUAAAAUUUGUCGUUAUACUGUUGAGAAGAAAAAUUUGACAGCAGUGAUUAUGAUUGAAUGAUCCUUAAAAAUAAUCAUAAUAAUGUAAUUAUAUCAAUUUUUUGUAAACAUGAACGUAAAAAAUGUAACAUCUAGAUUUCAAUUCAAGCCAGGUGAACGGCGUACCGUUUUCCUGGUUUGUGGAAUCCCUGUUAAGGCUCCUCUAUACAGAGGGACAAAUACCGACAUACCGAUAUUAUUUUGUACCCAUUUUUUUUAUUCUCUAGACAACCGUUGAACUUGAAACUUCG